AUGGACACCGAGGCCAAUGCACUCAUCUCUGCUCGUGAGUGUGAUGCAUUGAAUGAUGAAAACGUGGCGCCACUAUCAGCGUCGCAGCCCCAUGUCGUAUUUCGACUUCGACGAGAGGAAGACGAAAAAGUGCCGUGGAUUCUCGAGCUGGUCUUCUUGCUUUUCAAUGCACAGGGCGACAUUUUGCAGGUCGCUCGUGGUGCUAAAAGUCCGGACACGUCAACAAAUCAUCGCACAGCUAAUAGCCACUCUGUCCAAUAUCUUGGUGAGGAUAAUUUCCGAGCGACUCGAGCCAAAUUGAAAGAGACCGACGAGCGUGAAGUUGUUCGCUUCUCCAUGGCCAAGCUGCAUCCAUACGUCGAAGUCGUGGGCUGUUUAGUCACUUAUUCAGAGGACGAAAUCGCUCGAUCUCCUCAACUUAACGCGUUCUCGCUCACUUGCGAUCUCCACGCUGUUGACAGCUCUCAGGCCGAAGCCCAAGCACAAGCGCUCGCGGCUGGAGGCAAGAGAUUCGUGUUUAAUGACACUGGAGAACGCACGCGUUUAUUGGAUAUUUCUCAUGAUCCGAAGACAUUGAGAAGAAAUAUUGGCAAACAGACAAAUGUCGUGAUAUUAUGUAAAUUCUUCCGACGACACGGUAAACAUCACGACUGGGCAUUUCAUGCUGCAACCGAGGAACGAAGCAACGUUGUGGUUCGCAGUGCUGUAACAGCGUCUCUGGUUGAAACUAUGCAGAUUUUCCUGUUAGAUCUUAUACCGGACAUUAAAAUCCCAAAUCGGAAUCCGUUAUCCAGUGUCGCCGGAAUCUGUGCAGCUCUCAGUUGCAACGAAUUUCUGGGUAUUGAACGCCAUUUUCCCAAAGCAGGACUGUCUAAAGUGGAUUUUACGCGCUUGUUACUAUGGGAAUUGAUGCGUGCUCGACCGAGUUUGAUGCAGCAUGUUGGACGCGCUACAGCUCUUGUUGGAUUAUUGUUUGAGAUGUUUGAACAGAUCGAUAUUAAUGGAGAUUCUAUCGUGGAUUGGGACGAAUUUACGUCGUUUUGUAUUGCUUUGGGACUUGUUGCUACACGAGUUCCUCACGACGAGAAUGAUCAUGAUCAAGGACAAAGUCAUGGAGAUAAUCACGACGCUCCACCUCGAAAUAUGAUAGUGUAUCGUCAUGAACCUCUGAGUAGCGCAACGGCAACUCGAACAUUUCCUUACCAAAUUAACAAGCUCAAAACGUUCUCCCAACUAAAACGCCUCGCAGUGAUCGAACACAAAUCUCCGCGAAUUCUCUUUUUCGACCUCGACAUGAACUUCCUCCACGAACUCAAUUGCAGUGAGAAACUCGCAGCAGAGAAGAAAGCAGGCGAGAAGCAGCAAGAUGUAUUAGACUCACUGGAAGUUCUGGACGCAGAGCACAUUCCAUCUCGAAAUGCUUUGGCUGUGGCAAGUAGCGACUUGUGUAUUUCAUUAUGGUCCAUUAUCGACGCCACUGUGGGUUCCUAUGUCUUCAACGGGAAACUCGCAGGACGUUUUCCUGCUCUUUUCGUCAAGUGGUGUCCUCCUCCUCUCAAGCGCUUGUUUGUUGCCGGUGGAUCAACUGAACAAGUUCAACUGUGGGACUUGGAAGUGCCAAUGCACGCUGGGGCUGCACUGCCACCUCCGCCUAUGCUGCUUCCUCGCAGUCAUAGUGAGCGUAUUGCUGCUUGUUUAGACCUACCAGAGACUCCGUACGUCGCGACGGCAUCAUUUGACCACACGAUCACGAUCUGGGAGACUGUGGCAGGUGCCAAUUCCGCUCUUGGUGGUCCAUCCGCUGUGUUAACCGUGUCUUUCGUGCUUCGAGGACACCAGCAAGCGGUGCUGACGCUUGAUUCUGCUUAUAAUUUACUACUAAGCUCAGGAUUUGAGUACCAAGCUUAUUGUUGGGGGAUUUCUGGACGUGUUCUUAAGACUAAACUAGGAGGUCAUCACCAUUGUCUUAUGGGGGCUAAAUUUGUGUCAACCUCUGCAACUGGGCCUUGUCUUGUGGUCACGGGCGAUCAAAGUGGACAUUUCAAGCUUUGGGACAUCACUCGAUGCGCCAAAGGAUUUUCUGGGAGCCAUUUGUCGAUAAUGUUGCAGACUUUUGAGCUUCACACGCCGAAUCUCUGUCGUUUUCGGAUGUUUAUGACCUCAUCAAGUGGAACUAUUGGACCUGAAUCACAACAUGAUGAGCCAGGAACUCACUCGACUGAGAGCCCUGCGAGCGAUAUUAUUACGGGAAACUUACGGCUCUAUCGCUUUAGUGCAUUCACGCAGUCGGUGGGGUCACAAGAAGAUUCAACUGUUGAUGAAUCGGCAGGUUCAGCGCCCACGAGGUUCGUCGUUUUUAAUGCUGUGGCCAACACAUUCGUUGGUGCGGUGGAGAAUCGCAUUACGGUGUGGAAUGCAAACUCUGGUGCUAAAAUUGAAGAACCAGUGUCAAUCCGAGACGCGGAAGUUUGUGCUAUCACGUUUGAUAGUCCUCGUGAAAGAAAACUUUUCGUGGCAACUAAUGAUGGGGCGAUUCGGCUGUACAAUCCCGUGACUGGGGCACUAUUGCAGAAAUUGGCAGUGCAUGACGGCACUGUUACUUCCCUUGUAUUCUGCUCUCAAGCCGAUUGUUUGGUCUCGACUGGAGACGAUCGAAUGAUUUGUGUUGUGGAUUCUCCACCUGGAAAAUUAAAACUGGAAGUGAUACAUUACGUGGAAAAGGCUCACAAUUCAAACAUCACUUGUUGCGCUUGCUCACCGCCUCCACCGACUGAUUCUCAUACGUCGAGGUUCAUCGCUACAGCGGACGAUUCUGGCGGAGUGCAAGUGCACGAUCUCCACCACAUCACGUUCCAAUUUCGUUGUGCUAACGUCCACACCCGAGAGAUUCGAGCUCUACAUUUUCCAUCUGCUACACCUGGACUCCUUGUUUCAGGCGAUGUCAGUGGUGUCAUCUUCGUUUGGCCGACAAUUGGAGUCCGAUCGACUAUCGCACAACCUUUAAUGCGACUCACAAUGCAAGAAAUGGCUCCAUUAAGACCUGUGCCAAAUAAAAUUGAGCUCGACGGGAUCACUUCAAUAUGCUCCAGUAAUUCUCAAGACUCGGUCGCAAUGCUCUACGUUGGCGUUGAAACCGGACAGAUUUUUGCUUGGAAUCUUCAUUCUCUCCCAGUUAAAACCCAGUCAGAACCCACACGACGCUCAGCUAUUCGCCGUCGUUCAUCGAUUUCUAAAGGUGAAAUUUCAAUAUUGGAAAGCUUGGGUAAAACUUCACCAUUGCCAGUGGUUUUAUCUACUAAAUCCUGGAUGGCACAUCAAGCUGGCGUAUUAUCUGUGCAAAGCGUACCUUGGCCUGGUGAGUUGCUCUCGUUAGGUGCAGACGGCGUAGUUAAAAUCUGGGACCACACUGCAACCUGUGUUGGCCAUAUUUUAACCACAGCAGAACAGAGUUCCGCCUCGGCUUCUGCGUGGAAAUUUAUACGUCGUGAUCACACUGUUGGAACUCAAAACGAUCUCUUUGAACGAAUUGCGAAAGAGGUUAUCGCUAAACACCAACGAAGACUAAAGAAGGAGCUCAGUCGUCAACGUAAAGCAGGCCACCAACCUCAAAAUGAGCAACCAGUUUCUGAAAACUCGCUCGCGACUCCUUCGUCACUUUUGGAGCUUGACUCGACGGUAAAAUUACCAUUUGGACCUCAAAUUUCGGGCUUUCCUGAUGCUUCUAUCGCGAUGACUAACGCUGCAAACGCCUUGGUAACACAAGUACCAUUUUCCGUGACAUCCGUCACGUCCGGAAUUCAUCAAGGGAUUUUUGGACCGGAGGAGGCGCAACAUCUCCGUUCCAUAGCGAAAAAAUCCAAGGCCUUACUGUUGGAUGUCUCCGACAAACGGAAGCGUAUGGCAGCACUUGCACCAUUGUUUUCUUCGCCUGAAGAAAUGGGGAGAGCGCGUGCUAAAGCGAAGGCAAAGGCUCGCGCGAUGAUGAACAAUAGUCCGCAGAUUUUGGAUUUUCCAUCUCGAGCACUUACAAAUUAUCCAUUGGAACUCGAACGUCGCGCGGCUGCUAAUGCAAAAGCUUCGGCGAGUGCUUUACGCGCUUUUGAUCCGGAACCUUCACCAUUUCUACGUGAAAAACUACAGGACGCAGCGUCAUCUAUUGGCAAAUCUGUGAAAUCGACACCGAAAAAACGUUUGCGACGUCCGAUUGCCACUCCAGAAAUCGACAUCAAGAUGAAUGCAAGUGUGGUGAUACUAGCGAGAAAUGUGUCACUACCGAAGCUGGCGCAGUCUCCAGGCCAAGAACCUGGCGAGUCUUCACAUACGUUAAGCUCAAGCGCGUCUGCACCUGUGCUAAAUGCAACCGAGCCGGCUUCCGGUCCUGAAAAGAAAAUUCGCAGUAGUAAUAUCGAACGCAAGCUGAAGUUGUGCCAGAAGAUCGUGGCAAAUGUCUGUCUCAUGAGCUCGAAGCCUAAAGUGUCUAAAGAGCACAGUGAAAAGGAGAAACCCGAUUCUCCAUCGGCAAAUACGCGUCAUCAGGCGUUGGCGCUCGCGAUUGCUCAAGGGAAAAACCCUUUUGGACCAAAUUAUACAGUGAAGCAAGUUGAACAGCUCGCCGUACGACUUGCACGACUAGAUGAAGACGGCUCGGGCGAUCUGGAUCAACAGGAAUGGAAGCAGUUGGUGGAGUUUUGCGGUCUGGAGAGCAACGCAACGAGUAUUGAUAAUCUCUUCCACUCUCUCGAUCGCGAUUCCGACGGCACUGUCAGUAUUCGCGAACUGCUUCCUUCUCUGUUCCACCAAGCUUCCACUGAUCAGCUCCAGCAGAUGCGCGUGUACAUUCGAAUGCGCAUGAACGAGAUUCGUGGAGCUGGAUAG